AUGAGUUGCUGGGCUCACCGGCCCCUCAUCCGAUCCGGAUAUUAUAUUCCUCAACCGAUUCCUCAUUUGGACUCAAGAUCACGACCUUCUCCACCGCGCCCUGCACCACUACAGCCGCCCCUCUCUGCGUCACCGCCUGCGUCGCGACCCACGCUCUCUGCGUCACGACUUGCCUCACGACCCACCCUUUCUGCGUCACCGCCUGCGUCGCGACCCACGCUCUCUGCGUCACCACCUGCGUCGCGACCCGCGCUCUCUGCGUCACGACAUGCCUCACGACCCACUCCCUCCGCACCAAGCUCUUCAUUACUCUUUGCAAAAUUGCCUCCUCAGCCCACCUACACAGUACCACGGCCAGCUUCACAACCCACUCAGCCCACCUCCAGCCCGAGCACCAUUCAUCCCAUCCUAGUGGACCAUCGUAUUCAUCCGGAGGCUGGCACUUACAGCUUCACAAGCGAGACAGUUGACGGUGUAAAGAGACAGGAGAGCGGGAAAUCUGUCUACAGCGAAGAUGGACCCAUCACCGCCGUCUCAGGAUCAUACUCCUUCACGCUUCCCGACGGCCAAGUGUUCCAGCUCAGUUAUGUGGCCGAUGAGAACGGGUUCCAGCCCGAGUCCCAAUUCCUGCCUGUGGCGCCCGCCUUCCCCCACCCCAUCCCCGCCCACGCCCUCGAGCAGAUCGAACGUGGGCGUCUGGAACACGAGGCGCGACAGCUCCGUCAGACACCAGCCCACAACUACGGUGUCUAAGCCUGAACCUCCUCUCAGGCAGCCAUUUUCCCUGGUCACGAGUCAGACACAUUCAACACCUGACUAUACAACUGACUAUGUUCAAAGUUUUCAUAAACAGUGUUUUCCUCAGUGUUGUGAUGUAAAUACAAUGAUACAACAGCAGCAAAAUACCUGACUUAAUCUGACUUAGGACUAACUAUACACAAAAAUUUAUAAUAACAAAAUUAUUUGGAAAAAUUGUUUUAUAUA